CUCAGGCAUACAGUGUUUUAUUAUAAACUACUUAGUCUUUAUUACAUUGUUUACAAGUUGGCUGGGGUUGUGGUUUCUACCGAGUCUGCAGUUGAGUCAGCUACAUAUGAGAGGGAUUAUGUAACUUAAGAGACGAUAACACCACUAGAUUGUAAUUAGAUUGUGAAAGAUCCGGUUGAUAGACGCACUUGUGGCGUUCAACCGCAGGGCUUCACGUUGUCGGUCCAAUUACGCCACCUCGGAUAAGGACUGAUCGCACAUAAAGUACAUCUUUUGAACCCUGGGACGCAUCAGUGUUUGACCAAGUGCGUGUCGCAUUGGUGGCAGCGGUGGGAUUCGUUGUUGUCAAGACGGAGUUCACGACUGGUGGAAAAGUGAUCAGCGCAUGAUACCGGACGGGCAGUUGGCGUGCAAUUGGAGACAUCACAAGAUUUAUGCACGGCCGGAGGAGUUGCAGUGUUAAUAUGAGUGUCACCCAUGAAGGCCCGCUGUUUAUCGUUUGGAGUGCGAUCCGUGAAGGAUUCACACGAUGGCAUCAAGAUGCCUACAACCCGACAGGCCCGGCAGUGCAGAGUGAUGUGAGAACGAAGAGAAGUUCAGACGCUCAUCAGGAACUAGGGAGAAUUUCGGAGGAACUGCCGACCCGACGGAUGGAUGGCAUACAUUGUGAGGAACACUGGCAGUGUUCUCAUAGAGGCAUUGAGAGUGCCAUUGAGUGACGUAAUGACUGUCAGAUGAAAACUACUAGUGAUGCGGAAUGCUGAUGCACAACGUGAUGUGAGUGAGAUUCCAAUAAUGACACCCAUAGCAACUGUUGCUAGGGGGCAACCAGAAUGGAAAUCGUCGCUGUAGGGGAACUGCAGUUUGGAUACCUCUGCAAGAUCUGUGGAUAAACAAGACGUAGGUAACAUUGGAGAUGUGCAGCGGACUCGGAGGAAACUGUGUUGAGUACCGGAUAGAUUUUGGGGGAUGUGUCCUGGAAAUAUUAUAAGGCACAUUUUGAAUCGUAUGCUGUCAUCAUCAAAGGAUGGACUGAAGAGGAGAAAGCCGACAUCGUGGCAGCUGAGCUGAAGGGACCGGCAAAAGAAAUGCUUGGUGACGGAUUGCCAAGUGGAAAACUGACGCACAAUGAGCUAACAGGAAGACUAGAUCGGCGACAUGGACCUGGAGAACAAGCUAAGACGUUCUUUGCCCAGCUGAGGAGUAGGAGCAGAAACCGCUAUACGUCGAUUGACGGAGUUAGCACAUCUGGAGCUGCAUUUUUUGGAUUCAAUCUCGGAUGCUGAUAUUUGGGUGGGCAUAUUCAGGGCCCAUCCUAAAACCCUGGAUGACGCGAUUCAAGCACCUUUGGAAACUCAGUCGUUUCUGAAAGCGGAACAACACGGAUGAUUGCCCACGGUAACCGGCCUGAUGGGGUCAAUUGGGUUAGGACGUGUUGGGGGUAAAAUGGUGAAUUGAGCAGCUCCAUUUCCACUGAAGUACUCCAUUGUAUAGCACGGCGUCUCAACAUUAGCCUCUCCGAACCAAAUCCCACUGGAUUUGACAAAAUGACAGAGUUUUGACAACCGUUUUGACAAAAUGACAGAGGAUGACAGCGUGUGCCUGGCGCUUUAACCAGGUGACUCCGGGUAGGUGGAGCUAGUUAGACUCGGUUGCCAGUCCACCUGGGAGAAGGACCACUCUGAUUUUUAAACCCAGGUAGGUAGAGCCCCUUACCCUUGGUUGGGAGUCUAUCUGCUCGUAACCUAACUCGGACAAGGGCGAAUGAGGGGCCUUGCCCCCAACGGCCAGGGUAGGUCCGAGAGGAGUGGCGCCCCCAGGCCUUAUUAGCCUUGAAAGGCAAUCCAAUGGCGAAUCUUGUAACUACAAAUCCUAUACUGCCAGUCCCGGGAGUGGACAGGAGCUGUGCUGCGGAUAGUGGUGUUGGCCAGUGUUCUACUCGGCAGUAUGACAGUGCCCCCCCAACACCUGACGACAGCAUCAAGCCCAAAGCGAUUCUGCGAUGCAAGAGGCCGUUCAUUGUGGCCACUUUCAACGCAAACACUGUGAGGGAGGAGGGGAGGCUUAGAGAGAUGGACCAUUGUGCAGUGAAGUGUGGAGUGGAGAUUUUGGGUGUGCACGAACACGGGAGAGUCCACUCAGACACAAUUGUGUUUGAGCGAGAAGAGGGUAGCUAUUUUAUUACAUCAUCGGCAUGGAGGAAUGCGGCCCAGGCAGCUAACGGAGGGGUGGGGCUGCUUCUCAGUCCUCGAGCUAGAAGGUCUCUUCGAAGUGUUCGCUCUCAUUCUGAGCGGAUACUGGUUGCCGAGUUCGAUAGCAACCCAGUUACAACUGUCCUCGUUGCCUACUCUCCAACUAACCUAUCCCAAGUAAAGGACGUAGAGCUGAUUUAUGAGCAGCUCACAGCAGCUGUUAGGAGUAUGCCUGCUCUUAACGUCGUUGCCAUACUGGUUGACUUUAAUUCGAGACUUGGAUCCGACAAUGUACCGUACACAUGUCAUUAUACUACACGCAGAAAUGGUACGCUUAUGUAUGGGUUUAUGACUGAGCAUCAGCUACUCGCAGCCGACACCGAAUUCCAGAGAAAGUAUGGGAAUAGGUUGAUCUUCCGAGAUAAUGGCACUGGAAUUAUAAGGCAAUUUGACUACAUUCUAGUACGGAGGAAGUGGCGGAACAGCAUCUUAAACGCUGAACCCUUCAGUUCGUUUGCUUCAGUGGGAUCUGAUCACAGAGUCGUCUCUAUGAAAGUGAGUCUGAGUCUGAGAGUAAAAUGAAAUAUGGAAGGUCAUAAAUAAGGUAACAGGGCGUAGGAGGGCAAAGGAAGGUCAGGUGACAGGAGCCACUGCAGAGGAAAGAGUGAACACGUGGUUCACCCACUUCAGUAAACUCCUAGGUAGUGUCCCGGAAAUUGUGGACGUGGAUGAAGAAAUACCUGACAUCCUCACUAACCUCGAGAUCAACGAUGGUCCAUUCACCGCCCUGGAACUCAUCAAGGUCAAGUUGACAUUGCAACAAGGUAAGAGCGCCGGCCCAGAUGGCAUCCCCCCAGAAGUCUACAAAAGCUGUGAGAUUGAUGAUAUCAUUAUGGAAAUCUUUAACUGUGCCCUGAUUAAUCACGAAACUCCCUGGCAAUAGUCGCUGUCAAACAUCAUUCCCGUGCCUAAAUCUGCUGAUCUUAGUAAAACUGACAACUACCGUGGCAUUAGCCUCAAAUGUAUUAUUGCAAAGAUUUCAACCGUAUGAUAUUAAACCGGUUACGCAGCGAUAUUGAUCCUUACCUCUGACAUAACGAAAAUGGGUUUAGAGAGAAGAGAUCAACAGUGGCACAGAUUCUGACACUGAGACGAAUAAUUAAGGAAGUGAAGAGUAAUAACCUCACAGCUGGCCUGACCUUCAUCGACUUUAGAAGAGCAUUUGAUUCCAUCCACAGAGGGAACAUGUUGAGGAUUCUUAAGCCUUACGGAGUCCCACCGAACCUGCUUGAAGAUAUUCGGUCGAUGUACUAAGGAACGCAGUCUAAAGUGGUUACUCCCGACGGUACCACGGAUGAAUUCAAUAUUUUGGCAGGCGUCAUGUAGGGGUACGACCUCGCCCCAUUCAUAUUUAUUGUUGUACUUGACUUUGCCCUCCGACGAGCUAUCAGUGGAUACUAGGCGGAUCUUGGUCUCACAAUGACACCAAGGAGAUCAAGUUGCUACCCCGCAGUAGCCCUGGCCGACCUUGAGUAUGCUGAUGACACCAGUCUCCUCUCCAACACCACUUCCCACGCACAAGAGUUUCUGACGCGUGUUGAGAUUGAAUGUAGCUGAGUGGGUCUCUCACUCAACGCAAGAAAGACGGAGUUGAUCACAUAAAACAUCCCCGACCAUGCUCCCCUGAUUACCACAGAAGGCAGCCCUCUAAUAGUGGUCAAGGACUUUAAGUAUCUGGGGUCAUGGGUUGACUCAUCUGCAGAGGACAUUCGCAUUCGCAAAGCCCUUGCCUGGAAGGCUCUUAGUGAAAUGAAAUCUGUGUGGAACUCAAGCAUGUCAAGGGACGUUAAACCAAGUUUCUUCCAGGCCACAGUGGAGUCUUGCAGUAUGGGUGUGAGUGCUGGACCUUAAACCCGGCCCAUCGGAAGUCUAUUGGUGGAUGCUGCACCAGAAUGCUGAGGGUUGUGCUCAACCUCGAUUGGAGAGACCAUGUGCCCAAUAAUAUCCUUUAUGGGGCACUAUCACGGAUCUCACAAAAGAUCGCUUUCAGAUGGAUAGGCCUUGCAGGGCACUGUUACAGACACCCUGAGCUGCCGGUAUUGUGGGAAGCAACACAUGGAAUAAAGUAAGGGGUACGUGGACAGAGGAUGAGCUAUGUUAGCGUCCUGAGGAGAGAUAUGGGCGUGGAGACCGCGACAGAGCUGGCUGAUUGCAUCAAGGAUAAGGAAGGUUGUAAUCGCCGUAGGAGGUCCCGCCUGCGGGCGACAUAGAGAGAGGAAAUUGAUACCUCCGUCAAAUUCAGACUAUUACCCGAGAGAAAUUCAACCGAGAGAAAUUUAUAGGACCAAGCAGUUAAAUGUACUGCACAAACCUAACCAAAGCCAUGGGGAGUGACGUAAUGAACAACGGACAGAGCCAACCGACCUCGGGGAAGACGGCAGGAGCAACUAAGAAAUUAAGAUAUUAUGGCUGCCGAGAGGACGGGCUCUAAAAGCGAAACUAUCCGAAGAUGGAAAAACCGCGUGACACCGGCACUGCUGAGUGGAUUUUACGUGCAAGGAGGAAUAGAUGAUCACACCCUGAUGUUUUGAUCGACACUGGAUAAUCGGAAACAGUGAUAUUUAUCUGCAGAAUUACAUGAGGAUGUGUGACCAAAUUUGCGACCAGUGCUGGAUUAUAUUAAUUAAGUUAGCUGAUGGAAAAUCGCUGACAGCACAAGGAAUUGCGAGGAUGACCGUAACCGUUAGAGGAUUUAGCACCUCUUUCAAAAUCCUCGUUGCUGGAAUCAGAAAUGAAGGUAUCCUCGGCAUGACUGUUCUUCUGGCAUCUUGGAACAGCAUUGAUUUGGACAUAGAUAAUACUUCCACAUCGACGGGCAGUCGUGUGACCGUAAAUCGCGGAAGUACCGCCUGGAUGUGAAACUGUGAUACCCGGCAUUGUGCAGCAGAAUGUGGGUCUACGUAGAUGGGGAUUUAUUGAAACAAGUUACUGGGAAUCGCUCAUCGGAAAAAGGGUCAUACAGUGGGACGUAGCUCUUUAGAUGCUACGUCAGUACCGUGCCCUAUUGGAGUGUUUAAUCCAGGGAUUGAGACAGUGAUUACUAUUUAAAGAGGGAGCGCGAUGGAUUGUGACGUCAGCGGACGAUUCGGAUAUUGUACUGAAGCAUGACGAACGUACUGUUUCGACACUGCAGAGAUCAACGAAGAAGAGAACGCUGUGCCAGUGAUAGCAGCGUGUUGAAACCUUCUCAGGUAAUAACUUUGUCAUCUUGUACUUCGAUUAAAAGAAUGUUUGGUUAUUAUUCUGGAAUUUUGGAUCGCACUUCUCUUCAUUCGGUAACUUGUUUCACUUUUCCUUGUUAGCCUAAAAAAAAAAUCAAUUUUUAAAUAAAUUGCAACACGGAUCACUUAUUUGGGGGCUUAUAAUUAUUCCCAAGGGAGGGUAGAAUAAUGUUUAUCAACCUCACCCAGACAAGGAUUAUAUUUACGUAUUCUUUUCAACCUUACGGUGAGAAACCCGUGCCAAACCAGGCUGACAACGCUGACUAACAGAUGUGAGCUGAUUAGAUUUUACAGACAUAAAGAGCGCCAACGAGUGGUGAGAGAAGUUUCAGGAACAACACCAUGAAGGUGGAGGCCAGUGCUUGCACCGGCCAAAUCACAAUGUGUAUGCACUCAGAUUCUUUACUGAAAAAAAGCAUUUUGUGUUCCACGAGUUCGCAGAUUUGCAAAAAGGCCGGUUUAGGCGACCAAAACGAAUGCAAGCUUGUGUCUGAGUGGGAUUCGGAAGAAAUUGGUGCCUGAAAAUGUUCUAUUUUUCGAGAAGUGUAAGCAUCGAUUGUUCAAAAUAGCGAGGGGCUUCACAACUUUUUGAAGGGGUAACCUUCUGUUGAACAAAGUAUCUUCAAAAGUCAUCGGUUAAUUAAUGAAUGGAAAUU